UUUUCCUCUAAGGAUUUUCUAUUGGUUCAUACUUAAUUUGUGGGUUUUACUUCAAUCUAGAAUUUAUUCUAUGCAAGUAUGGCAGCUUUGGCAUGGUGUAAAUUAAUUUCUUUGAUCACUGGUUUGAAGUGCUUCUAUAUAUAGAAAAUUAUUGCUUUAUUGAGUUUAUUCUAUACCCAUCACUGAGAAGAAGUACCACUUUUUUCAGAGGGAGGGGCAAAAAGGGUUUGAGUGAAAAAGACAUGAUGCUAGGCGAAGAAGCAGUAAAGGGAUCAUCAAAGUGUCAAGACUGUGGGAACCAAGCCAAGAAAGAUUGUUCAUACUCAAGGUGCAGAACUUGCUGCAAGAACAAAGGGUUUAACUGCCAAACUCAUAUCAGAAGCACUUGGAUUCCAGUCGAUAGAAGACGCCACAAAGUGGAGCAGCAGCCACUUCCCACUACUAAUCUUCUGGGAGAUAUUAUUCCUAAAAGGCACAAGCACAACACAUUUUCAAGUUUGGAGGAGUUCAGAUUUCCGGCUAUUAUGAGUUCCACUGCGUUAUUCAGCUGCGUGCAGGUGCGCUCUAUGGAUGACACGGUUAAUGAAAUCGCGUAUCAGACAUCUGUGAACAUUGGAGGACGUGUAUUUAGUGGUCUUCUUUAUGAUCAAGGCCCUGAACAAAGCUUCAAUGCUAGGGGUAACAACAUGUCCAUAGACCCUUUUGAUCAACAACACGAUCUCAAUCUUAGGAGUGCUUCAAUCCAUACUCGUGAUGGUGCAACUAUGCCUCCACUAUCAACCACUACUACCCAGGAACUUCUUUUCCCUCCUCCACAACCGUUUCCCCUAGCUUCCUUCAGGCCUGAUAUGACGUACUUGCCACAUCAGAAAUCUUAAUUUCUUCUUAAGAAUGUGUGUUUAGAUUUAAUUCAAUUUUAUGAAGGUGAGAAUUGUCAUUACUUUGCUAGAAAAACUAAGAGGGUAUACUUAGAUGCGGGGAAAGAAUAGAAUGAAACAAAAUUAAUGUUUACUAAUUCAACUGGAGGAUGACUUUAUUAGUUCAAAUAUAGAGCCUCUAGAUAUAUAAGCAACAUAAAGGGAAGGGGGGCAAAUUCAUUAAUCAACGAAGAUUGAGGGAGCUUGUUGAAUUGUUUUGGUUAAGUACCCUUACCAAUGACUAUUAUAUUAUACAUUUGUUACUUGAGUUUGAUAUUUAAUUUAGCAUGUAGCACAUGCCCCUACUCAUAGGUUUGGCA